AUGGCAAGCAUAUCUUUCAAAACAAUACCAAUUAAUAAUUCAACUGUGACGAGUGCAGCUCGUCUCGGUGAAUUAGCGAUUUCGUCGAUCCCAAAAAUUAUCGAAACACCAGCAGCUAUGCUUUAUGUACGUUCCGGCGUCGUACCCGACGUUACUUAUGACUUCGUGCCUGAUAAUGUCACUCGUUUACUUGAAAUUCCACUUGGUAGUUUGGUAGAAUCAAUGAAUAAUCUUGAGAAUGCUGAAUCCUAUGCAAACUUCGCUCGAUUGGUCGAUCCAAUCUACUGUCCAUUUCAUGAUUCGUUAGUGGAAGUACGUCCAGGUGGAAAUGGUAAUCUUUUCUCAAGUCUCUGGACGAAGUCCGGUCGAAAAGAAUUGAAUAUUGAUCGAUUCAAAAAACUAAUUCAACUUGUUCAGCCAACAAUGUAUGAAACCAUGUUCGACGGUGACACACCAUUUGACAAAACAACCGAUAAACGUUUCACGAAAGAUCGUGAAAGAAGUCGACGUUUUCUCGAGCAUUCGCUCGAAAAUCAAGCCAUAUCGUCAAAUCUGAUCAUUCCACUUGUUGGUGGACAUGAUAAACGCCAUAGACAAUUGUAUUUAACUGAAAUUCUUCGACUUUUACCAACGUAUGAGAAGAACAUCUUUGGCAUUAGCUUCGAAGGUAUUCAUGCAUAUGGACCAUCUACUGAGCACAUCAAUCUCGACGCCAUUAAAUUUAUUAUUGAAGAAACAAAAUCUAAGUUGGACGAACAUCCAAAUCUCCUCUAUACAAUGCCACUUCUUUGGCGGCCGGAUAACGUCAUUCGUGGAAUAGAUUUAGGUUUGGAUCUCUUUUCAGGUGCUUAUAUUCCUUAUAUCCCCGAUCGAUUUGUGAUAUUGACAUUUCAAUACAACAAGGACAUGCCGUCAACUUCUACUGGAACAGAUUAUAAUAUAAAUGUCAAAGAAUAUUUCAAUGGUGCUUAUAUUCCUUAUAUCUCCGAUCGAUUUGUGAUAUUGACAUUUCAAUACAACAAGGACAUGCCGUCAACUUCUACUGGAACAGAUUAUAAUAUAAAUGUCAAAGAAUAUUUCAAUGGUAAACAAGCUUUGUUAACAAACUGUGAAUGUUAUGCUUGUAAGAACUAUACACAAUCAUAUGUGUAUCAUUUAAUUCAAACGAAAGAGUUACUUGGACGAACAUUGAUUACAAUUCAUAAUCUUUAUCAUUAUCAUGGAUUUUUUCAAGAAAUUCGCAAGAAUUUAAGAAAUAAUACUUGGAAUGAAUAUCGGACAAUGAUAUUGGAACAAUAUGCGCCUUCUCAACAAAAAUGA